AUGGAAACACCUGGUAAUUAUACUGGAUGGUCGAUUAAUUUUAUAUUGUUUCAAGGGAAAGAUGUAAUGGGUCUGGAUAUGGGAGAUGAUGAAUUGCAAAUCUCACGUCGUAUUCCGACGCUACAAAAGAAACAUUCUAUUGCAGUCGGUUCAGCACUUACUGUUCAUUUUGCCUAUGGAUCUCAACGGUCAAAAGGUUUAGUCGGACGAACAGAAUAUUAUCUUCUCGACAAAUAUGGAGAAGUUGCAAAGAAUGCUUGUAGUUUGAAAGUCUCAAACACAGUCAUAUAA